AUGAGCAUCUUUAUCAUUGGAUUUUGUCUAGAAAAUGUCGAAGUGAACCAAGGCCGCGUUGUGGUGUGCCGGGACGCCUCCAAGGGUCGAUGCUCGCGGAUACCCUGCAAGUACUACCACAUACCUCUGUUUGCAAUAUCUGCUGGCCGAAGUCUGGCUCUGAAUUCGGCCCUGGCAGCCAGCCUAACAGGACACGCAUCAGCAAACAUCGUUAGCAGCAGCGGCAACAACAGCGGCAAUUCCAUGACUGCUGUGUACACUGGCGCCUCGUCUGCGUCCGUGGCCUCCUCAAGUUCGGCUGGGCUUGUGGCUGGAUGCGGCUCCACUUCGGCCUCGUCAACCUCACCCCAUCGGUCCAUCUGA